UCACAAGAAACACUUUUUUUUUUUUUUUUUUUUCCUUCAUCGGUCGAAAGUAACAUUUAUUAAUUUGCCAAUGAAAAAUUCAAGCGAUUUUUUUAAAGUUAUGUGUACCUAUAGAACUGUCUAUCUGUACCCAUUAGAAAGUGAUUUCUGAAUCUGAAAGUAUUUUCUUGUCAUGAAUUAAAUGCAACCGGUCCAGCAUAGAGUGAUACGUGUUUCCCUUUGUGAGAGGAGUGUUUAUUAUGAGACACCACACUGGAUUAAUCAUUACUUCACUUAAGGGGAAGUUUAGCUUCAAAUCUUCCGCAACUCAAACGAUUUGAUCAAAAUACAUGCAGUGCAAUGGAUAGUAAAAGUGAUUCUGAGGCUGGGAAUGGUACUAGAGACACCGGUGUAGUGUAUGUGUACAGUCCCGAGUACAUCGACACAUGCGACUCUCUUUCCAAAGUACCUAAAAGGGCAAGCAUGGUUCAUUCAUUAAUUGAAGCAUAUGGCUUGCUUAAACAUAUGAGGGUAGUAAAGCCCCACACUGCGACAAUGGAGGAGAUGGCAGCCUUUCACACUGACUCCUACCUGGAGCACCUGCACAAAGUCGGGGAGGAGGGAGAUGAUGACGACCCCAAGUCUAUAGAGUAUGGCCUGGGUUAUGACUGCCCUGCAACAGAAGGUAUUUAUGAUUAUGCUGCAGCAGUAGGCGGGGCCACUUUAACAGCUGCCCAGUGCUUGAUCGACAGGACAUGCAAAGUGGCAAUCAACUGGGCAGGAGGCUGGCAUCAUGCAAGAAAAGAUGAAGCUUCCGGGUUUUGCUACAUUAAUGAUGUAGUUCUUGGUAUUUUAAGACUACGGCAGAAGUACGAGAGAGUUUUAUACGUGGAUGUGGAUUUGCACCAUGGGGAUGGUGUGGAAGAUGCAUUUAGUUUCACCUCCAAAGUCAUGACGGUAUCGCUGCACAAAUUUUCUCCCGGAUUUUUCCCAGGUACUGGAGAUGUGUCCGACACAGGGCUUGGGAAAGGAAGGUGGUAUGCCGUUAAUGUUCCCCUGCAAGAUGGAAUUCAAGAUGACAAAUAUUACCAAGUCUUCCAAAGUGUACUGACAGAGGUACAUGCAGCCUUUAAGCCUGAAGCUGUAGUCUUGCAGCUGGGUGCAGACACAAUGGCAGGGGACCCCAUGUGCUCCUUCAACAUGACCCCAGUGGGAGUGGGGAAGUGCCUGCAGUAUGUUCUGCAGUGGGAGCUUCCAGCUCUAAUAUUGGGAGGAGGAGGGUAUAACCUUGCCAACACUGCCCGGUGCUGGACCUAUCUGACUGGCACUGUCCUCGGCCAAACGCUCUCCUCUGAGAUUCCGGAUCACGAGUAUUUUACGGAGUUUGGCCCUGACUAUGUACUAGAGAUCACUCCGAGCUGCCGACUAGACCGCAACGAGCCUCGGCAAAUUCAACAGGUCAUCAGCUCCAUUAAAGGGAAUCUGAAGAAUGUGGUUUAAGAGUGGAGCGCAGAUCAUAUUUCCUGAACAGGGAGGCCGUGCUAAUGAAGACAGUAUGUAGAAGUUAUCGCCGGAGGGGGGAAAUUUGGAAAACAUUACUUGAAAGUUUCCAAGGGCUUUUAAUGGGAAAACCAGCUAACUGAUUCUUUUUAAACCAUUUUGACCAGUUAUUUGGACUUUCGUCACUUUUUUGUGAUGGUAAAUGCCAGCCUGCAAGCUGUUCUGAUUUUAAAAGUAUCUAGUACUGUUUAAAGACUUCUUGAAAUACUGUAUGUGUUAUCUCGCUUAACAUGAAUUUUCUAUCACUUUUAUGUACUUAAUUGGCCUUCAUUGUCAAGGGCAAUCAAAAUGUGUGGGUAUGUUCACCCUGAUUUCCUUUGCCAGGCAUGCAGUUAAGUUAGAAACUAAUCAAAACUGUAUUUAUUGCCAAAGAAAAUCUCAAACAAAGAGAGAGAUCCAUAGAUUUAAGCAAAGUUCUGUCCAGUCUCUUUCUUGGAGUUCAAAUGGAAGUUCUGGAGUAAAUUACAGUUUAAUGUUGGUAAGUUUAAUCAAGACUUUAGUUUAUAUGAAAGAAUUUUAGAAUCCUGUGUAGAUCAUUAUAUGCCAAAACAUGAGUAAUCUUUAAGCAACCAUUUGCGUGUACUCAAUAUAGACUUGCUGAACUGGAAGAUGAAUACACUUUAGUCUUGUCUUACCAGCUGGUCCUGAUGCAACUAGUUGAGGCUGUCUGUGAAGAGGUUAUCAGGCCUGUGUGUCUCUUCAUGUACAGCUGGAGUGCAUUAAACAAGCCACACUGCUCAUGUGAUUGCACUUUUCUCGAGUGUGUGGAAGAAAUACCACUUCUGAGAUGAUGACAUAUCCUUUAAAAUCUCUUUUAAAUUUGGGAAACGUAAAUGGGGACAGACUGGGGCAAAGCAUUUGGCUGUUUCUAGUAGACAAAUGCUGAAGGGCUUGAGUGGCUGGAGGCUAAUUUUAUUGUGUUUUUAUUACUUUUAAAUGGUGGUAUUGUGUUAACAAGAACCGCAGUGUACUUGGCAUCAAAACUUUUGAAGCAGUAAACUUCCUGAUUGACAUGAGCCGUGUGAUCUGCACCUCGUUCAUGGGGGAACAAAAAGAAAAGAAGUGGGCUUUCAUGCUGUAUUUAAUUCUAAAGUCAUCUCCAACUUAGUCCUGUAAUAAAUGGUUUUGCUAUUGUAGAUUUAUGCUUUGAAUGAAAUGUGAAAACCACAAAGCAAGCAGCCAUAUUGCAACAUGGCACCAGAUUAUGACUUCACAACCUUUUGUUCAGCCCAUUCAGCCCCCCACCCCCUGUUAUCCUAUAAGUAGUCCUUGCUUACCGAGAGUCACCGAUAUUACUUUAGGCAUGGGGUUGUUAACGGGAUGCAAUGCAAUGUUGACAAUUUAAUCUCCACCUUUGUGUAUAAAUAUACUCGGAUGCCUUUUUUUGCAUCCACUGGGACUGAAUUGAAUGCCAUUUUAAAACAUGUUCCUAUCAACAGUAGAUAGUGAUCAAACCAGUUUCAACUGGGGCUCAAGUGAGAGUGGCUGGUAGAAAAAGGAGUGACCAAAGAAAAGUGCAUAGAUUU